CGCUUGACGGAAUAUAAAUCGGCUCUUUUACAAUUUCCAUCGAGGUUUUCAUCAAAUCGUCACUCUCCUUCUGUCCUCUCACUCUUCUGCAACUAGCCUGCUCCUUUAAGGCCGACCUUGCUAAGUAAAUAUUUGACCCCACCUUCAUGGAUCAAGAUAUUUUGUGAUAACCCAUCAACGUCUAAGAUUUCAGUAAGUGUAGAGAGAGGCCGAAAACCAAACUGCCAGUGAAAUAUUCAUCUUCUUCUUUUCAUCAGAAGUGAUGCCAGCUGAUAAAAUGGAAAGUAACAAUGUAUCUACAUGGAGUAGAGAUCAAGAGAAGGCUUUUGAGAAUGCCUUAGCCACUCAUCCGGAAGAUUCAGAUGAUUGGUUCGAGAAAAUUGCUGCUGAUGUACCCGGAAAAUCCUUGCAAGAGGUUAAGCAUCACUACGAACUGCUACUUGAUGAUCUUAGCCGCAUUGAAUCUGGCCUUGUGCCUCUUCCCAACUAUAAUUCUUCUUCUGAUAGUUCAACAAACCAUUCGGGUGAUUCUGGGAUGAGCAAAAAGGACUCUCCUACUGAUCAAGGAAGUAAGCAGCUUUCAAAGACAGAGCAGGAGAGACGAAAGGGCAUUGCGUGGACAGAGGACGAACACAGAUUAUUCCUUAUUGGUCUAGAAAAAUAUGGAAAAGGGGAUUGGAGAAGCAUAUCACGUAACUUUGUAGUAACAAGAACACCCACACAAGUGGCAAGCCAUGCUCAAAAGUACUUCAUCCGUCUCAACUCAAGUAACUCAAGUAACGUAGAUAGAAGACGGUUAAGCAUUCACGACAUUACCAGUGUCAAUAAUAACGGUGAAGAGGUUUCAGUUGUCCCUCAUCAAGGUCCCAUAACUGGCCAGACAAGCAGUCCCACUCCGGUUAGCUUAACCGCCAAAAUGAGCCCAAAUGUUUCUUCCCUUCAUGGGAUGUAUGGUACUACCGCAAUAGGGCAGCCCGUAGUUGGUGGACCCUUUGUCUCUGCAAUUGGUACUCCGGUCAACAUUGGUCCUUCUUAUGGAAUGCCAAUUCCAUACCCCAUACUCCAUAACAGGUCAAAUUGAGAAAACUUGUACAAAAAGUUUAGAUCUCCGGUUCGAUUUCUCACUCAGAACACCUUUAUGUGAAAAUCAUGAUGGCAGUGGGGGACAAAAGUUGAUGAUUGAAGUUGUUAAGUUGGAUUUGGAUUUGGUGAUAAUAAAUAUAAUAUUAAUAAUAUUUGGUUGUUUUGUAGUUUUAGUUUGUCUACAAAUGUAGACACUAUUAUUUUGCUCAUUUUAUCUCCAAAGGGAGUUUAGUCCUAUAAUAAUAAAUUGUUGUACAUAGAAGUUCUCACUUGCUUCAAACUUCAUUGACAAGUGAAUUAGUAUGUUUUGGCACAAACUAUUAUUAUAUGCCUUUGAUUUGGCAUACUAACCAGAAUGAAAGACACCAUAUUUUGGUUGUUUUUUCUUUCA